AUGGUGGCGUUCAGCGGAAAUCUACCUGGAAUGCCACAGGACUUGGAAUACCUGGAGCUAUUUGCAGGUGUCGCCAAUGUAUUCUCUGAAGCACGGAAAGCAAAUCGCAAUGCUCUAGCUUGCGAUGUAGAGUAUGGGCAGCAUUUUGGGUUCGCACCUGACUCCAACCCUUUCGACUUCAUGUCGCCUUCAGGAUUUGCGCUUUGCAUUUGGGCAAUCCUAAAUGCCCGGGAGGAUGAGUUUUGGGUCCUGAUGGGGACCGUGUGCUCUUCAUGGGUGCAUAUGAAUGUCGGCACGAGCAAAAG